GAUAAAGAGCUAGUUGCCUUUGAAUAAUUUUGAUAUUAUCAAAUGAAUAUCUUCCGGUUUUUUGCCGGUAAAACACCCCGGGAAGUCAGGAACUUUUGUUGUCAUCCGUAAGUUCAUUGUCAAAAAAGGACAAAUUCAAAAUGUUCGAUUUUUGUAUUAGCAAAGCCAGCUAACUGUCUAUGUUAGCUUGAUAAAUGCGAAAAGGCAGCUACAGUAUGUGAUAUUCACUUUCUAUUUAUUCUGACUGUUUUGCAAUUUGGGCCACGUUGUAUUUUGCUAUUAAAGUUAGUUGACAUCAAUGGAAAUGCGGGAGGGUUUGCGUUGAUGCUAUUUUGCUAUUUUUUAAAUUCAACUGUCAUUGUUAAAUGUGAGUUUAGGGACAUCAUUUUCACAUACCGCAUCUCGUUGCGUUCUUAGAUACAGAGAUAAUAGUAGCUUUGUUAUACUAUUCCUGAUCCUCUGAUUUCCUCGUGCACUUUUGUUUGCUUGUCAUUACUUUACAUUUCUCCUCUUAACACUUCUUUCCUGUCAAUUUUUUUCCGAUAGAAACGGCUAGUCGUUGAAAGACUACAAAAAGAUGGAUGUUUAACCUGUCAACCAUUCUUUAAGAUCGACAAGAAAAACAAUCUGAUGAAAUUUAAUUGCAACGUAUACUCCGUCAUGGAAGACAAGGCAAAUGGUUCUGUUGACACCAAAAGCCCAGCGGAGAAUGGCCAGCUUCCUGAUCCAGCCAAUUGGGUGGUUGCUGACGUUGUCAAUUACUUUAAAGCAACAGGGUUCGAAGAGCAAGCCGCAGCGUUCCAAGAUCAGGAAAUCGAUGGCAAGUCACUGCUGCUGAUGACACGUAAUGACGUGUUGACGGGCCUGUCAAUAAAGCUGGGCCCGGCGCUGAAGAUCUACGAGUAUCACGUGAAGCCCCUGCAAACCCAACACCUAAAGAGCAACGCCUGUUAGCACGUCAUCAGGCGCUCGCUGCUCCCUGCCUCAGUGACAAUCGACAACUCUCGACCAGCUGUCCAUUGGUGGAGACUUCUCUGGCCGCAUGGCACCUUAAAACAGGAUCAGUUUGAAUAUGUUUUCGGAAGCGUGGACCCCAAUCCUGGGUCGCACAUUAGGGGUCUAAGGAGCUGUUUACCUUUUUAGCUGUUCUUAUUUCUGCUGCUUCAGUUUUGUAUUUUAUUUUUUAUUCUUCGUGUUUUAUUUAAGACAAGAAAUGCUGUUCAGGGUGGUAUUCCAGAAGUGGGAUUUGUGUGUUUGGAAUGUGUUAUAUAUUUGUGUGCGUGUCAUGAACCAGUGAUGGUUUUAAAAAUUGUAUUUGUACAUAAGAUGUUAUAUGAUUGAAAACACCAGAACACUUUGACUGUUGAAUUUGCCCUAAAAAAGUAAUCUGUGUAUGCCCUAAACUGCGCAGCUGAGUCCAUACAUCGCCACUUGGCUGGAAAUAUGAAGUAUUAUAUUUUUCCCAGAUACAGCAAGCCAAACUCAAAAGGUCUUGCUUGGUUCUUUGGAAAUAGAAAUGUGUGUGUAAUUAUGAUGUCCCUCCUACCUGUGGUGCUUCAACUUGGUUGCAAAGACAACUAAUCAGGUGUGUGUGUGUAUUUGUCCUUGUGCAACAUUGGAGUUUGACUAUUUCAAUCAAAGACUUGCAAUAAACGGUGCUCU